GGGAUAAAAGACAACAUGGAAAAAUCUUCAGAAGUUCUGACCUGGAGUUGCUUCUUGCUUCUUGGGAAGAUGCAGCUGCUCCUGCUGCUGUUGGCCUUUUUUCUGCUCCCCAGAGCAGAGUCAGAGUCUUCUGUCUGCCAGAAUUUCUCUGAAACUGAACUCCAAACCCACCAGAGGGAACCAGGAGAGAUCAUCGGGGGACAUGAAGCCAAACCCCACUCCCGCCCCUACAUGGCUUACCUUAGGAUCAGGCGUGAGAAAUCUUGGAAAAUUUGUGGUGGCUUCCUGAUUCAAGAGGACUUUGUGCUGACAGCUGCUCACUGUUUGGGGAGCCAAAUAGAGGUCACCUUGGGGGCCCACAACAUCAAGGAACAAGAGGACACCCAGCAGGUAUUCCAUGUACAAAAUGCAUUUCCCCACCCAGACUAUAAUCGAAAUAAAAGCAUCAACGACAUCAUGCUGCUGAAGCUGGAGAAAAAGGCCAAGCUGACUAAAGCUGUGCAGCUCCUCAACCUGCCCGAGCGCAGGACAGAGGUGAAUCCAGGUACCCGGUGCCAGGUGGCUGGAUGGGGAAAUUUUACUCCAGAGGAAACACAUUCAAGAACACUGCAGGAAGCGGAGAUGAUAGUGCAGAAGGACGAGAAGUGUCAGGAGCGCUUUAAAAAGUAUGAUCGUGCUACUCAGAUUUGUGUGGGAGACCCAAAUAUUAAAAAUACUUCGAAUAAGGGUGACUCCGGAGGCCCCCUGGUGUGUAAUAAUGUGGCACAGGGCAUUGUCUGCUAUGGACGUAUAAAUGGAAUGACACCAAGUAUCUUUACCAAAGUCUCAUGUUUUCUACACUGGAUAAAGAAAACCAUGAAACAGAGCUGACAGCUCACAGCAAAGUAAAUCCCCUCUAUCAGCAAUUGUCUUACCUGAAUCUCGAUCUAGAAUCACUCUAGAGCAGAUGCCAGCAACUAAAUAAAUGUUUCAUCUCAGUGGAA